AUGAAGAAUCACACUACGAACCGUACGUCCAGCCAACUCAUGCACACACAUAUCGCUGAAAAGAUAUACAUCUGCAAUUUGUGCAACGAAGGAUUCACACGUGUUAACUAUUUGAAUACGCAUAAGCGUAUACAUAUCGGGGAAAAACCGUGCAUAUGUUAUGUAUGCGAAAAAGGAUUUAGGACGUCUGGUGAUUUGAAUGUCCACAAGCGCACACAUACGGGAGAAAAACCGUACAUAUGUGAUGUGUGCAAAAAAGGAUUCCGGACGUAUUAUGCUUUGAAUGUACAUAAGCGCACACAUACGGGUGAAAAACCUUACGAAUGCGAUGUGUGCAAUAAAGGAUUCACGUCUUCUAAUGAUUUGAAUGUCCACAAGCGCACACAUACGGGUGAAAAACCAUACAUAUGUGAUCUGUGCAAAAAAGGAUUUGCGUUUUCUAGUAAUUUGAAUAAACACAAACGCAUACAUACUGAUAUAAAAGCAUACAUGUGCAGCAAUUGUGCAAAAAACUUCACACAGACUGCACACUUGAAGAAACAUAAUUGUGCACGUAUCGGAUAA